UUCUGCGAGUUGUAGAUCUCAUAAUUUAAAUAUACACGCUAUGCGCUUGUUAAGGCUUCAGGUAAGACAGGAAUAAGAAACAUACUAACAACGAUUCUUCUACAAAGAGCUGAUAUUGUAAGGUAUGUGUUUUUUUCAUUUUCUAAUGUAAAUCUUCAAAAAGGAAUAGCAGGUUUUGUUAUUAUAUUGCGCAAAUUUAUGAUUGCUCCUCUGGAAGAGAAGUUUGAAUUAUUUCGAUUGAUUCAUUUAACAUUUCAAAAAGUGCUUCAGAUUUAAAACGUAUUUCGCAUGUAAACGUGGCAUGUACAAAUUUGAACGUGAGAAUAGUUGCAUGAAAACAAGAAAGUUCCUUCCUGUUUUGACAGUGAUGUUCAAACCGAUAGAUGACAAACCAUGGAAAAGAAAUUCUGAAAUUAAAGUUACCCUUCUUUUGAUGAAAAUUUGAUCACCAGAAAGUGUCUGCUAAGUAAGGGUGGUCGAAUGGGAACUUAACUGCUUUUAGUUUUUAACUGUGUUGGUUCAAAAGUAGGUUGACACGCGAAGUUAACGGCAAUGACAGUUAGCUAAUCUGAACAGUUUGGUUUGACACAUUUUUCCUGUAAUUCUUUAUUUUUCGUUUUCGCGCUCACACGGUUGAAAGACAACGUCAGGGAGUUAAAUUUUCUGCAGUUUGCCUUAAGCUUUUUUCAUUUCCCCCAAUAUUUCACUCCGAUUCAGCUCUUAUCUUUCCGUGCUCCGAGACAGAAAUUUCUUCGCGCGAAUCAUCGAGAGCUCACUCUUUGAUGCUGACCAGAUGUUAUUGCAGGCCCUAUCAUAAAAGAACAACAAAUGCACUGAGCAACAGGGACUCCAUAGGAAUGCGUGACGUGCCCGUGGGUCCUAGCAAACAAACGAAAUAAUUUCCCUGAUACAUUUUGUUGCUUGGUUGAUCUGAUGGUAUGCGGAGUAAACAAAAAGAACACGCACGCUCUUUAGUCUAUACUGGAUGCAGAAUUCGCUUUACUGGCCAAGCAUGUUGAGAAAUAACUCGGUAGCAACAGGUCCGUAAAUGAAAACUAGUACACGCUUCACGGAAAUGUGCAAAGGACUGCGGUGUGUGUUGUUCGAUCCAAGAUGACCAACUUAAAGUUAAUCAUUCACUAAUAGGAGGCAUCAGCGAGUUUGUUAGGGAAGAUGGAGAGAGAUCUAAGGACUCUAAGAAGAUCGAAGCUUAUGAACUAUUCAGAGUUUCGUGUAAUGACCACAGCUCUUGAAAAGUACUACAAAGAUGUAAAAAUUGCAAUUCUGACAGGAAAGAGAGAUGCUAAAGAUUUGGAUUUGAGGCCCUAUUUAUACGAUGAAGGAGAUCCAUAUGAUAAACCCUUUUAUGGAACGUUGUUGAAGAUGCUCUCUGAGGUGGCAACGUCAAAGUAUUUUGAGAAGCAACAUGAGGAUUUGUUGAAGAUUUACAAGUGGUACAAGGCAAACAAGAAGUUGAUUACAUCACCACCUAAAGUUCCAAUUCCAAACCCUGAGAAGAGUGACAGGAAUUCUGAUGGUCAGGACAGCUUGGAUGAAGAUGAUGAGGAGGAAGAACUGAAGGCACUCACCAAGAUUCCUAAACUACAUCUGAGACCAAAAACAGCACCUUCAGUUGAGAGCCGAAUGGGAGCUAGAUAUGUGACUUGGAAUGAGGCCCAACAGCAGAAAGGUCCUAAAAGACCUUCAUCAGGCUCAAAACUACUGAAACAUCAUAGGGACUUUGGGAGUAAGGAUUCCCUUACAAGAAGCCUUCAUAUCAUUCCUUACGGACCACACCCAAGUGAUAGCUCUUAUUUAGAACAUGGUUAUGUGCCUGGUGGAUAUUUGUUAAGGCCCGGUACUGCACCACCCAUGCUCAGGAAUAAUAAGACAAAGGUAAAUUCGGAUAUGCUCAAGUCAUUCAUCCUCAGACCAGCAAGCAGCAGUUCAGCCCCAUACUCUUCACCGAUGAUUUCACCCCUGUCUUCACCAAGGGACUCUCCUGUUCCUUCAAGUAGAACCAAGUCUCCUUUGACAGCACAUUACACUCCUGACAUUGUUAAAGAACCGUCCGUAAAAUUAGCUUCUGGUAUCGUGAGAGACAGAAGUAAUUAUCCAGCUAUAGAGGAGGCAGGAAUGAACAGUGAAGACAAGACGAAUAGUAAUAACGAGAAGACUUCUCCUCCUGUUAAUUGUUCAGAAAAGGAUGUCAUACCGAAAAAUUCUACUCCCAUGCAAUUGGAAGAAAUUCUAGAACAUCAGAAAAAGGAGGAGAAAUUAUUAGAGGAGCAGCACGAGUUACUACAGAAAAAACUCUUACAUGACUAUGAUAAUUACAUCAAAGACUUGGGUGCAGCCCAAGAGAAACAAGUUGAUUUAGAAAUUGUCAAUGGAGAUUUGAGUGUGAAGAAACGAUCUACACCACAAGAGGAAAGAAAAACUAUGAAACCCACUCCUGUUGGAACUUAUGACCUAUCUGAACCUGAAGUAAUACCUAGUUAUUCCAUUAUGUACUCUGGAUCAAGUACAGUCAGUAACCAAAGUGGACAUACAUCAGAAAAUAGCCAUCAGUGGAGCAGUAGAAGUGCAGUCAGACAUCUCAGACAUGCUACAGUACCUCCACACAACAACGCACAGGAAGUAAUCAAAGUAGAUGCAGUCCUUGGAAUGGUCACACCUAUAGGGAUGCAGAUGGAGUACGACCGGGAGAGGGUGAAUGGCCAAAAAUUAUCAUCAUGUCCUCUGCAGCCAGCCAAAGUGGUUUCUGUGGAAGGUUCUACAAAAUCUUCUGCCCAUACCUCGGUUGAUGGAGACUUUUUGGCCGCUCCGGUCCCCAACGGUAAUAACCAUUCUAAAGUGGAGGACGGGCAUAAUAACCCUUCGCAAACCGCAUGUGAACAGGAGACAUUAUCUCCGGAGAAUUCGUUCACCUCAUUGGGACCGGCGUCGGACACAUCAGAUAACAGAUCCAUUGAACUCAAAUAUAAGGAACCGGAGCUGAUUCCCGAGAGGACCCCAAGAGAUUACACUGUACACUUCCCUCAGGAAAAGUCUCCAGAAUCAAUAACGAUAAAGAGCUACAGGACUUCAGGACCAGUCGUACCGGAUUCUAUCAGAUAUCAAUGGACCGAUGAUGGAUUUGGUAACAGAACAUACCUCAAGAAGCUUAAGGGACCGACAUCUCCGCGCAGUUCGAGAAAGAAACUUCAACAGCCGACCAAUCAGGUGACAAUGCCCACCGGUAGCCGCUCAUUGGACAAACGAACUCUGGCCUCCCUUGUGGUAGUCAGACAUCUUGGUGACGCAGAUAGAAGAAACAUUGAUUGCAUAUCAGGGCCACAGGGAGGAAAGCUUAUUUUGGGUCCGGCGGGCACCGAAUCCGAUAACAUGGAUUACGCCUACAAUCUAGAGUACCUUUCUUUCUGUCAGCCUGUGGGCCCCAGGCUCGGCGAAUGUGAAAACCCGUCAACAGUAAACUGGUAUUUACAAGGAGAACACGGACUUUACCGCGAGACAUUUAAGAGCCAAGCAGGACUGAUUAGCGAUGAUCUGAAGUCUCGUCGUACUGAUGUACGAAUUCCUAAAGACAACUCCCUCAUGGUUAAAGGCCGACAUUUUGGUGCCGCAGAUGAACCCAAACAACAAGAAAAACCGACCUGGGAACCACAGGAGUUGUCAUCACCGUCCACUAUCAGCUUGGACAGCGGUCAUAGCAGCGUUACCACGAAAAGUAAAGACACAUUACGUCCCUCGUCACCAGCUCUUUCAUCUCCACAAGCCCGUUCGUCUUCACCGGCCUCGACUUCACGUAAGGUGAUCCCUAUCCCCACAGCCAGUCGCUCGUCCAGACCAUCCUCUGCCCGUAGCACGUGCAGUGCACAUGGUGCAAUAAACACUUCCAACUUUUCGGUGCGGGACUUUAAACACUUUUGUUGGGAUGAAGAGUACUUGCUAAUGGACGACUACAUAAGGCAAAGAGAAGUCUGGGCCGCCGUUAAUAUUCAGCGGAUAUUCCGAGGUUUCAUCGGAAGACAGUAUGCAAAACAGCUGAGAGUAGCAGACAUUGAGAGGCAGAGAAAGGCAGCGGUUAUGCUACAAAGUAACUUUCGCGGAUUUCUUGCCCGGAAAAAGGUAAUGGAGCAGAAAAUACAAGAAUAUAAACCAAGUUCACGUGACCUGGAAUGGGCUCGAAAGUACAAACAGGAUCUGAAAAAGAGGGAAGAGGCCAGAAAACAGAAGAAUCAACAUGCCAUGUUUAUGCAAAACAGAGAAGCUGACAAGCAUGGGCAACAAAUAAAACAAGUGCAGGCUCAUCAACUCAUUUUUGACGUGUUCCAUCCAACACCUGAGGGUCCAACUAAAGCCCAAAAGAAAGCUGCUGCUGUCACCAUUCAAAGGUAUUUCAGAGGCUGGUUUGUUCGUCGAAUGCUUGAAAAAUCAAAAGCAAAGGCCUUGAAACGGACCUUGUCUUUCAGCAAGUUUAUUAAAGGUUACCAGGAACUUCUCUUCAGGAUUCAAAAGCGAUACGGUAUAAAAGAACCAACAACUGCACUGGAGUUUAACGAACUGAUGGAAUAUGUCGAGCGACUUAAUAAGUACGAAGUAGCAUUUGAUAAAUUUGCCACAAAUGGUCUCUUGCAAUAUAACGACAUCAAGGAGUUCUUGUCUGCCAAAGGUCGUGCUCUGACCAAAGCUGAAGCUGUAGAGGUAUUAUUUCAGAUUUACGUUCCAAAAGGUACAAAAAUGAAAUUAUCUGACGUUCGUAAAUCUACUUGGCUAAAUCCACUCGACGAUGGAAGGGAUAUUAUGCAAAUGUUGUCUAAAAAAGACUUGGAACAAACCAACCUACUGAAAUGUUUGGAAGUUGUGGCUGGUGCAGGAAAGGAGAGCGAUGAGAUUCAGGACUUGCUUCGACCAGGAUCAGCUGCGGCGAAACAAAACGACAAAAAACAACAAGGAAAGAAAAAAUCAACGGCAAAAGCACCCCGCAAAGCUAUCUUGGCCCAGUAUCCCAUGCGGCCGUCAACACCAACUACAAAAUCUCCUAGGCCUCCAUCGGCAAAAAAGCCCAGUAAAAGAUGAAAUUGGUAAUAACCCUGUUAACCCACGUGAGGGCAGAUUGACCAACACUUCAGACGUAAAGAAAUAACAUGAAUAUUUCUAAGAAUUUUUAACCCUCGGCAAGGCGUGGCGACGUUUCCCAUGCUGGCAGUUCAGACAACUGCUUGUUCUGCCUUUCUCCUCGCCGCAACAUGCACUACGACGUCACAACCUGACUUUGGGACAUCCAAUUUUUCUCGAUUUUUUUUUCUUUUUUGCAAGACAAUACUCUGUACCCUCUUUGUACUUUUGUGCUUAGCAUAGGCGUAGCCUGAAUAUUAUGAUUGAUAAAUUACUAUAGAAUGAGAAGAACUGAAAUAUAAAGAAACUUUUUUGUCAUUACACUCUUGUUGUUAAACAGCAAAUUAGACUGAACCGAUGAAAAAUAAAGAUAAAUUAAAAUAUUA